UCAUGGUUAGGGAUUUUAGGGUAUUUUUCUUUAAAUUGUUUUUCAAUAAUGCUUGACAUGUGUCUGCCCACCUAAAGCAUGAUCUUCGGUUAGGCAAAAGAGACAUCUCGUAAGAAGCCAAAAGGUCCAGCGUUCUGAGAUUCACCCCAGCCUACUGAAUCAGAGUCUGCAUCCCCGCGGCGCCUUUCCUUUUCUGAGACUGGAUCUCAAAUGUAGCACAGGCUGAUCUCAAAUUCACUAUGUAGCUGAGGAUGUCCUCAGCUUCUGAGCCUCUUUUCUCACCCCCACCCCCAGCUCUAGUCUUACAGGCAUGCACCACCACAUUCAGUGUGUGUGGUACUGAGUCUCACACCUGGAGCUUCCAGGAUGUUGGACAAGCCCUCUUCCCGCUGAGCUGCAUCUCCAACCCCAUAACCUGCAUUUUAACAAUGAACACAUUAAAGUCUAAGACGUUUUAAUUCUUGUUAGUGCCGUGCCUUCUGUGGGGCCAUGUUUCUUCCCAGUUCAAAGGGACUGUGACUCGGAUCCCUGUCUUUGGUCGCUCACAGUUUCAGCGUUCUAAACUUGUCUCUAAGAUUCAUCUGUGUGAGUUCCUAUAGCAACACGGCCGACAGGCCCAAAGAAUGUGUGGUUUGGUUGAACAGCUAGCUCCUGCUGCCCCAAGCCAGACUCAAGAGGACACUUAAGUAGCUUCCUGCUGCAGGUCCUGAAAAGGUCGAAGAGAUGAGGAGUAAGAGGAGUAAACCUCUGCUGGAACUGAUUUAAAAGAGCUCCUCCUGUGAUGUGGGCCAGGAUGAGGCCCUGGAGCUGCACUGCCAUUGGCUCUGCUAAGUACCUUGGAGAAGAUGGGACUCUGACCCCGCGGGAAUGCAGGCUGCAGAGUGGCCUCUGGGCGGCAGCAAGCACGCGCGCGCGAUGCCACCGCAAGACGCAGCUCAGUACGGGCUGAGGCACAGAGCUGACUCAGGACGGGAGGUGGCGCUGCGGGGUCAUGGCUUACUCUGGGCAGAGACAAGUCCGGGGGUGACCCGGGGAAAACACCUGGGCAGGUGUGGGCGGAGUCUGAAGGGGCGGGGUGUCUAGGGGCGUAGCCUAGGCCUGGCCCACGGGCGCUCCUGGUUGUGCCUCCUGGAGAUGCUGGCUUUAUGAAGUCAGAAGACGAGCGUCCCCAGACCCAGACGCGCUUCCCGCGACCCUUCCAAUCCUGAGAGAACUCUGCAGACUGCAAAGUCCCCUCCUCACCAUGGCGCCUGGAGAGAAGAUCAAAGCCAAAAUCAAAAAGAAUCUGCCUGUUCGAGGCCCCCAGGCACCAACCAUUAAGGACCUGAUGCAUUGGUACUGCCUGAACACUAACACCCACGGCUGCCGCCGCAUCGUGGUAUCCCGAGGCCGCCUUCGGCGUCUGCUGUGGAUCCUGUUCACGCUGACCGCAGUGGCCCUCAUCAUCUGGCAGUGUGCCCUCCUCGUCUUCUCUUUCUACACCGUCUCUGUCUCCAUCAAAGUCCACUUCCAGAAGCUGGAUUUCCCUGCCGUCACUAUCUGCAAUAUCAACCCCUACAAGUACAGUGCUGUGAGUGACCUUCUGACUGACUUGGACAGGGAGACAAAGCAGGCCUUGCAGUCCCUGUAUGGGGUCAAAGAUUUUCCAGAGGAUACAACUCAGAAACGCCGGGAAGCAAGAUCCGUUCAAUCCACUUGGGAAGGCCCGCCACCCAGAUUCCUCAACCUGAUCCCGCUGCUGGUCUUCAAUGAGAAUAAGAAGAGAAAGGCCAUGGACUUCUUCACUGGUCGGAAGCGGAAAAUCAGUGGGAAAAUCAUCCACAAGGCUUCCAACGUUAUACAUGUUCACGAGUCGAAGAAACUGGUGGGAUUUCAGUUGUGCUCAAAUGACACCUCUGACUGUGCCACCUACACCUUCAGCUCAGGAAUCAAUGCCAUCCAGGAGUGGUACAAGCUUCACUACAUGAAUAUCAUGGCGCAGGUGCCUCUAGAGAAGAAAAUCAACAUGAGCUAUUCUGCCGAAGAACUGUUGGUGACCUGCUUCUUCGAUGGGAUGUCCUGUGAUGCCAGGAACUUCACACUUUUCCACCAUCCAAUGUAUGGAAAUUGCUACACGUUCAACAACAGAGAGAAUGCCACCAUCCUCAGCACCUCCAUGGGGGGCAGUGAGUACGGACUGCAAGUCAUCUUAUACAUAAAUGAAGACGAAUACAACCCCUUCCUGGUGUCCUCCACUGGAGCCAAGGUGCUUAUCCAUCAGCAGAAUGAAUACCCCUUCAUCGAAGAUGUGGGCACAGAGAUUGAGACGGCAAUGUCCACCUCCAUAGGAAUGCACCUGACGGAAUCCUUCAAGCUGAGUGAACCCUACAGCCAGUGCACAGAGGACGGAAGUGAUGUGCCCAUCACGAAUAUCUACAACGCUGCCUACUCCCUCCAGAUCUGCCUUUAUUCAUGCUUCCAGACGAAGAUGGUGGAGAAAUGUGGCUGUGCCCAGUACAGCCAGCCUCUACCUCCAGCAGCCAAUUACUGCAACUACCAGCAGCACCCCAACUGGAUGUAUUGCUACUACCAACUGUACCAGGCCUUUGUCCGAGAAGAGCUGGGCUGCCAGUCAGUGUGCAAGCAAGCCUGCAGCUUUAAGGAAUGGACGCUGACCACCAGCUUGGCGCAGUGGCCUUCUGAGGCUUCCGAGAAAUGGUUGCUGAAUGUUCUCACCUGGGACCGAGGCCAACAAAUAAACAAAAAACUCAACAAGACUGACCUGGCCAAGCUCUUGAUAUUCUACAAAGACCUGAACCAAAGAUCCAUCAUGGAGAGCCCAGCCAACAGCAUUGAGAUGCUUCUGUCCAACUUUGGUGGACAGCUGGGCCUGUGGAUGAGCUGUUCUGUCGUCUGUGUCAUCGAAAUUAUCGAAGUCUUCUUCAUUGACUUCUUCUCUAUUAUCGCUCGCCACCAGUGGCAGAAAGCCAAGGAUUGGUGGGCCCGGAGGCAGGCACCUCCCCCUCCUGAGACUCACUCCAGCCAUCAGGGCCAGGAUAAUCCGGCUCUGGAUACAGACGAUGACCUGCCCACUUUCACCUCUGCUAUGCGCCUACCUCCAGCCCCGGAAGCCCCGGUGCCUGGCACGCCACCCCCCAGAUACAAUACCUUACGCUUGGACAGUGCCUUUUCCUCCCAGCUCACAGACACUCAGGUGACCAAUGAGUCCUGAGGCAGAACCGGAGGACAAUCAUAGUCUAAGGAGACUCUCUGACACAGACAGGCCCCCCUAUCCUCACUUGGGGCUUUUGAUACAGCCUACUGUGAACAGGACGUGGCUUGGGAACCCACAGAAGGACCUGAUGGGCCCCGCCCAACACCCAUAACUUCCAGGGCGAGUUAUACCCUGCAACCUGGACUUGGCAGUUCUGAGCUGGAGAGCCAGCAGCAAUGGCUUUGGUCAACAGUGGGCUCUUCACAGGACCCCAGGAGAAAUGUACUUCUAGAGCCCCAAGCUCAGGAGUUCACCUACAAUAUCCCUGGCCUAGGCUGUAGUCCAAGCACACGAUCUUGGGUAGCAAGGCUGGCCAGCCAUCACCUGAUGUGGGUGACCAAAGAAAUUAGCACCAUCCUUGGGUAUCAACUGUUGGUUGCUGAAUUAAGUCAUUGACACUGGGACAAGGUGUACUCUGCGUCCUCAGACAGACAGUUGGCCCAGGGCCCAGGAGCGUGUUUGGAGAGGGCACGGUAGAGAGAGGCCAAGGGGUGUGGCAGGAUGUCCCCAUCUGGGAGUAGGGUGGGGCGGUAGAGAAGGGCCAGUUAGAGGGCAUAGCUAGACACUCCUAACAAUUGGUAUUCCCAUAAUUUCAACUUGAGAGUGGUAUUCUGGGAGUUGUGCUAAGCACUUGCAUAAACCACCCUAGGGCAUAACAAACAUCAGACCACAGACCCAAUCUUUUAUUUUGUAAUUGAACUGAGAAUAUGUGUGUGUAUGAGUGUGAGUGUAUGUGUGUGUGAUGUUUAUGUGUGUGUUUAUAAUUUUUGCAUAGUUAAUAUAUACAUAUGUAUAUAUCAAAAAGAGAAUUUUUGUGACUCAUGAAAAUUAUAUGAGGUUCAAAUGUUAGUGUCUAUAAAUAAAGUUUUAUUGAUACUC